AUGAUAAAUCUUGGUGAAAAAUUUAUUGGAGGAAAUACGAAUAGACCUCCACUUUUUGAUCGAGAACACUUUGAACAUUGGAAAGACAAAUUAAAAAGUUUCUUUAUAUCCCAAGAUCCAGAAUUAUGGGAUUUAGUUGAAGAAGGAUACAAUGGCCCAUCAAAUGAUGAUGGCACUGAAGUGUCUUGGAAAAACAUGACCAUACAAGAGGCAACAAAUCUAAACCGUUUUCCUCUAGAAGAACUCAUAAGUUCAUUUCGAUCACCUGAAAUAGAAUUGGCAGAGGAUGAGCUAAAGAAAAAGCAAAUAUCAAUGUCUUUUAGAUCAAAAGAAAAGAAAGCCUUACAAGCAAUUGAUGAAUCAGAGGAUGAGAAUAAUGAUGAGUUAGAUGAACAUAAUGAGGACUCAAAGUGUUUGAGAUUUUUGCUUCGUCAAGCCUUACAACAAUCUCAGGAUAUAGUUAAUGCCAUGUGUUUGGUUGGAACAACAAAGUAUCUUAUUCAAGUAUUGAGAGAAGAUGGUUGGGAUGCAUUAUUUACUGAAGUGAAGAACUUUUGUGAAAAACAUGAUAUUGAAAUUCCUGAUCUCAACGAUGUUCAUUCAACAACAAAAUUUGGACGAUCUCGUCUUCAACAAGGUCAGGUUACAAUAGAGCAUUAUUUUAGAGUUGAAAUAUUUUUUACUGCCAUUGAUCAACAAUUACAAGAGUUGAAUAACAGAUUUAGUGAGCAAGCAAUAGAUUUGUUAACUCUAAGUUGUGCUUUGACUCCUAAGGAUAAUUAUAAAUCUUUUAACAUUGAAAAAAUUUGCACUCUAGUUGAAAAAUAUUACCCUGUGGAUUUCAACAUGCAAGAGAAGAUUAAUUUGAAAUUUCAACUCCAACAUUUCUUAAUUGAUGCUCGUCAAGAUUUAAAUUUGAAGAAUUUAUCAACUAUCCAAGAAUUGUGCUCAUGUUUGAUUGCAACUGAAAAGACGCAAAAUUUCUACUUGAUUGAUAGACUACUUCGUCUUAUCAUGACUCUUCCGGUUUCUACUGCCACAACUGAAAGAUCUUUUUCAGCAAUGAAAAUUAUUAAAUCAAGAUUAAGAAACAAGAUGGAAGAUGACUUUUUAGCAGAUACCAUGACGAUUUAUAUUGAAAGGGAAAUUGUUGCAAGUAUCACUUUUGAGUCUAUUAUUGAUGAUUUCAAGUUAAUUAAAGAGCGUAGAGCAUUACUUUAA